GUGUACGUGUGUUUCAGCAGUAAUUGGAUGAGUAUCUUCUAUGUGUGGGCUCAUGCGGUGUGUAUAUCAUGGUUGUGCGUUUGUCCAUUUUGCCUAGGUAUGUGUGACAGCAUAACUGUAUUUGUGUGUAUGCGUGUGUGUGUAUGAAAGAGAGAGAGAGAAAGGGAGAGAGAGAAAGAGAAAGAGAGAGAGAGUGUGUGUGUGUGUGUGUUUGCAGAUGAGAGAGACAGAUAGGAAGAACUGUGUGACACGCUGAAAAUGUGAUCGGGGAAAUUAUCAGACGAGCAUGAGACAGUGAAGAGUGAAAAAGCUUAAAAACACAGAGGGAAAAGAUGAAGACAAUAAGAAGAACAACCAGGACCCAAAAACAUGAGCAACAGAGGACCUACAUAUGUGAGAAGGAAAUCGGGCGCCUAUGACUGGUAAAAAAAAGAUAGAAAAACCCACAAAACAUCUACAGAGUAUUUGUCUCUUGAGUUCAUCUCUGCUCGUCCUUCGUUCUUUCUCUUUCUGACUCACUCACUCAUUGUCCUAUUUAAAGCAGAAUGUGGUUUUGAGUUAGAAAGAAAGAAAAACCUACAUAGACUUAGCAGCAUAUCGCAUCUACAUCUAUAUGAUGCCUUGAAAUGUUGUUUUUAUCUGAAAGGGAUGAGAAUAAAGUAAGUUUGUGAACCAGGCUUGUGGAAAAAGCAAAGCUAACGUAGCUUCGUGUUUUCUAGCAUGGUUGGUUUCUCUUUUGCUAAUUUCCCGCAGUUUUACUUCAGCUUAUGUGUUUAAUAACUUACGGCUGACUUUAUUACUGACCUGACUUUUUGUGUUUGAGGAUAUUAGAAACAAAUGGCAUCUGGGAACACAAGGGUUAAGAGGCGAAAGGAUCGUAACCUUUUUGUGGCAAUGAAACCAGAAACUUUCAAUAUGUGUAGAGUACAAAAUUAGCUAUCCGUGUCCUAAUGAUGGACUCCGUAACUUUGAUUCAUAUGUUCAAGCAUAGUAAAAUCACCUCUGUGAGCUAGAUACCACAGAGGCAACACAUCUGGUAACAGUUUUCUAGCUUUGAGCUAAAGUUUCACAUUUUGUCAUCGAACUUCUUUUACAAAAGUGUUUGAUAUUUUCUUCACUCAUGCUAACAGUUUGUCUCCUUCUGUUCCAGGCACUCUAGUCGUACUCGGAAAGCUGUUAUGGACAACUAUUCCUCAACCCAACCUUUCCACAACCACCACCACCAUUUUCACCCAGCCUUACCCAGCCUUCAGAGCCCUGAUGUGGGAUAUCUACCCUCUCAACAUACCCUGGAUGUUCCUUUGUCACAAUAUGGAAGUACAUGUAGAGACGAAGAACCCAAAACCUCUUUUGCGACUUCUUCUGGUGGAAAAAGGGGGAGCAGCAGCAGCAGUGAUGAAAGAAGCUUACUGAAUGCAAGCGGGGGUACUUUGGAUGGGCAUGCUAACUUGAGAGGGCAUUUCAAUGACGAGAGUGUAAGAGGAAACCAUUUUGCGAAUGAUGGUUUCUAUCCCUUGAAUUGUAGCGCAGAAGAAAACAUAGCAAACUAUAGUGGCUUCGGUAGCUGUGGAGCCAAGUUUGAGACCGUUUACAACAGAGAAGACAGCGUUAGCUGUUUUAUCAAGCAAACUUCCUACAACAAAAGUGCAACUGGGAGCUUAAAUGAUGGAUGUGGAAGUUACUGUAGGACUGAUUCAAUGCUAAAUAAUGAUUAUCUAGAUAAAGACAGGGAUUAUGGGUCCAGCUGUGGCUCAGGUGAAGAUCAACAACAAGCAGCAGAGGAUGAAGGACCUUGGUUAAGUGUCUCUCCUUCAGAUCAGACCGGAAGGUGGAGAGGAGCAGCAGCAGCAGACGCCAUCACUUCCCACUGCCCACCUGAAAGAUCAGCUGUCAACAUGAGCAGCGGGAUACACAUUCAGAAACUGGACUCUUUCUCUGAGGCCUUUCUCUCCCAGCGAAAGAGAAGUUUCCCCGUUAUCCUCGGCGGGGACUCCUCUCAGCAGAUUUGGCACUCUGGAGAAAGACAAGGCGAAAGACACAGCUGUGCUUUUGAUUCAGACUCGUACCCACCCCCCUCUUCUUCCUCGUCACCCCCAGCUCACCUCUCUCUUCCAUCUUUCCCCUCUCCUCCUACAUCUUCUCACCUCAUGUCAUCCGUUCUUAGCCCCCCUCCUACACCUCUACCUCCGCCUUCCCUUUCCCCCUUGAAAAUGGACUCUCCAGUUACAUUCGGAGGCACCGGACAUUCACUGUCCCAGAUGGGAGAACCACUUGGACCGCUACAGAUUUUUGCUUCCCGAAUCCAGUCUCUACCAUCCGUCCAUUCUCCUGGGAUGAUAUGGAAGUUUGCUUUGCCGUCACGCUGCUUUAAACAGUCAUAUGGGGACCUGAACAAUAUGGAAGGAACCUUGAGAUCAUCUCAUGGCCGAGACUACAGCAACAUCACAGGUUAGCUAAAUGUACACUUUUCUGAGAGAUAGUGAAGGAUUUUAUAAUUUUAAAAGAAGUGAUAUAAAGGGUUAAUAAUUUGAUUGAAGAUGACCAAAGAGUUUUGUAAUUCUUUCAAAAGAGAAAAAGGAAGCACAUUGUACAAUCACAUGAUGAAGAAGAUUGUAAAUGAACUUUAUUUUCCCUCUACAAACACUCAUUGGUUUAUGACCACAUGUAAAUUUACGGGACAUGUGGGUUUUUCUGAGUGAGCUUUUGACAUCUGCAAUUUCCUUCAUGCAAAUAACACUGUACUUUUCACACUUUGAACCAACUCUAAUGGCGGAAAAAUGUGUAGCAAACAGAUUCAAAAUGACUCUCAAACUUACUACACUCUCUGAUUCCUGCAGGCUCCAACAACAUACCCCAGUCUCCAGAUUCAUCAGUCCCCUCUUCCUCCUCAGGCCGGUCACCCCUCCACCCAGUCAAAACUCUCUGUCCCGCUAACGCAGCAUCCCCCAUUUCCUCCCCCCAUGCUGCCUCUCAUUCAUCUCAUAGUACUCGCCAACAUUACGAGGGAGCUGAAAUGUUAACCUUCCACGUGUCGGACCAGAAAAUAAAGAAUGGACUGACUAGUGUCAAGCAAUCACAGGUAGGAAAAUGCUGCUUCCUCUAUUUUUUUGUCACUGCAGGAUACAAUUUCAAUUUUAUCUCAGAAAAUAAGCUGCUUCCUCUCAUAUUUCCUCUUUUUGAAUUGAUGUCAAUGUUAAUGUCAGCUUUAUUUUUAUUGCACAUUUAAAACAGCCAGUGGCCUACAAACGUGUUUUACAGUAAAAUAGGCAGGACCAAUAAAAAACAAGAAAAGCAUUAUAUAAAAACGUAAAACAACAAUAUACAUAAAUAACAAAUAAAAAAAAGACCCAAUAAAAGUAACUAUACUACCCCAAAGGCUUAAGUGAACAGGUGCGUCUUUAGAAGUGUUUUAAAAGUGGAAAGUCCCCCCUUACGACAAAUUACUAUGAGUGCCAAGUUUCUUAAAGAAGAACCUUGGCAAUCAUUAGCCUGCUAGGUGCGCAGCCUUCUCUAGCUAGCAUGCUGUAAUUUUAGCCUUGCCUGAAUUUUAAAUGCUGUUGAAAAAAAUUUCUUUGACUGCUUUUUGUUUGUUUGUUUACUCUGCUUAACAAUUCUGAUGACUAAGCUAGUUUUGGUGCAAGCUAGCAAGACGCUAAUUCAUUAGAAAACAGUAAAAAGAGAACAGAGAAAAAAAAGUAUGUAAAUAUGGGAAUUUCUUGCUUUUCAUGGAUAAUAGGAUGAUUUAGAGUUUUGAUGGAGGAAAUUAAAAUCAAUAUGAAGAUUAUUGGGUCUUAAACAGUUUUCUGUCUUUUAGCAUUCUUAUGCUGUUUCCUCUCAUAUUUACUCUUUCUGAAUUCAUGACAAAUUACUAUGAGUGCCAAUUUUAUUAAAGAAGAACUUUGGCACUUAUUAGCCUGCCAGGUGCAUAGCCUUCUCUAGCUAGCAUGCUGUAAUUUUAGCCAUGCCUGAUUUUCAAAUACUGUUGAAAAAAAAAUUCUUUGACUGCUUUUCGCAUGUUUGUUUACUCUGCUUAACAAUUCCAAUGACUUAGCUAGUUUUGGUGCAAGGUAGCAAGACGCUAAUUCAUUAGAAAACAGAGCAAAAAAGAAAGAACAGAGGAAAAAAAAAGGUAUAUAAAAAUCAGAAUUUCUUGUUUUCCACGGAUAGGAGGAUAAUUUAUGGUGAUGAUGAAGGACAUUAAAAUCUAUAAAAAGUUUAUUGGGUCUUAAACAGUUUUCUGUCUUUUAGCAUUCUUAUGCUGUUUCCUCUCACAUUUCCUCUUUCUGAAUUCAUGACAAAUUUCUAUGAGUGCCAAGUUUCUUAAAGAAGAACUUGGCACUUAUUAGCCUGCUAGGUGCAUAGCCUUCUCUAGCUAGCAUGCUGUAAUUUUAGCCGUGCAUGAAUUUCAAAUACUGUUGAAAAAAAAAUUCUUUGACUGCUUUUCGCAUGUUUGUUUACUCUGCUUAACAAUUCCAAUGACUUAGCUAGUUUUGGUGCAAGGUAGCAAGACGCUAAUUCAUUAGAAAACAGAAUAAAAGGGGGGGGGGGGGGGGGUAGUUAAAGGUGCUGUGAGGAACUUUUAGUCUCUGUUGACUUUGGCGCCCCCUGUGGACAAACUGGUAACUCCUGUUAUUGAGGAUUUUAUCUGAAAGCGUUAACUGACCAAAAAAAACACCCUUUUAUUGUCUUUUUACAAUUAAAUAUAUGACCCAUCUUGAAUAUUUUGCUAUUGUAAUGUAACUACAGCUGUUUUUUUAGCGUACCUAUCCCCUUACAGCACUUAUAAGCAUUAAAAAUGACACCAUAGACAUUGUCAAUUUUUUCAUCAUUGGUCCCAUUAGCUUUUGUACAUCAUAGAGUUGCAUUACUGUUCAUUUAAGCCCAUUUCAAUAGUUAAAAACUCCUCACAGGAGCUUUAAAUAGGGUAAUUUCUUAUUUCCCUCAGAUAGAAGGAUAAUUUUGAGUUUUGAUAGAGGAAAUUAAAAUCAGUACGGACAUUUUUGGAUCUUAAACAAUUUUCUGUCUUUUAGCUUUCUCAGUAAAAGUCAGGAAGAGCUUUUAUCUCAGUAGAUUUUUCAUUUAGUGUCAAUAAGAAGUACCCCAGUUUUACUCAGGAGUAAUUUCAAAUUCAACAUGAAAACUUUAACCUCAACAUUAAAACAUGAUAACAGCCCACAUUUUUAGUGUGGUGUUGCCAGGUUUGUGCAUUGACGUCACUCCUCUAUCAGCAAAACAACAUGAGACUGAGGAGCCAGAAGGAAACACUCACCACAGCGGGGGAAGCUGCGCAGAAGUAGUGGGCGAACACAUACAUUGUUGUUUGUCAAGAAGUUACACUCGUCUCAACUGCGUUGCUGCUUCUUUAACCACAGAUUGAGUUCAGGGGUUUUAUUUUUAGACAUGUUAGAGGGGUUCAGUGUGUAAAUGACACAGAUUUAGGGUUUUUUUCACCCAGACUGAAUAUGUCAGGAACAAAAAUCUGUUUUAGGUUAAUUAAUAGUUCAAUUGAAAAAGCACACUUUUUUAGCUACCUGUGCAGAUGCUUUCAAACCCUCAAAAAGAUUUAGGUAAAUUCAUGAUAAUAUAAUACUAAAAUGUACACAUUAUAUUUUGUAAUUCUAGAUAUGGUUUUGACUGUGUUUAUUCUGAAAAAGAGGACACGACAACACUGUAAAGACUCUUUUUUUGUGUGUUUUUACAGCAACAAGCCCCCAAAACCUACACUGGGACCCCAUUUUCCAGUAUCCUUCAAUCCAGCAGGGGUCAGAAGAGGGGCCCGUACACUCCACGACCCCAACUCAAUCCUGUACGCACAGGAAGGGGCCUGUACUCCUGCAUCUCUUCUCUCCAUCACAGAGAAGAGAAAACAGCAUGGAAAGAGGAGAACAAUGAUUGUGGUGUUUUACCGUAAGUAGAAAGUUUCUCUUUGUAAUUUAAUUUUGUGUCUGUGAGGAAUAUUAAAAGGACAAAAGCUCUUAAAACCAGUUCAUAAUGUGUCAGUUCAGUCAUAUCAAAGUUAUUUGUAGAUAUGAAUUUUUUCCAUUUUUCUUCUUAACUUGCAGGCACAUCAAUAUUGGUCAAGAUUUCCAGGCAGAACUUCCUCCAUGUUUGGAUGGCCAUGAAUCACCAGAAGAGGAAUCUUCAAGGGAGCAGCUGCUCUGGAAACCAUGGGGCAGGCUGGAGGAGAGUCCUGACAUCCAACACCAAGGUACAUUUCAUAAUAAGCUGGCCAACAAUACUCAGUGCACAUUUAACAUCACGAAAUUAACCUAUAAUAAUCAGUUUCAUUGACUUGAAAAAAAAUCUGCUUAUGUUUUGUGUAUAUGUAGUGGAGAGGCUGUUGUCUGUGUGCAGUUCUAGCUGCUUACCAGGAGGGGGCAAUAACACAGAGCUGGCUCUGCACUGUCUGCACCACUGUCAGGGCGAUGUAAAGGUAAGCUGUGACGAGUAAUAUUAAUGCUGCCUUUCUUUAUGUAUUUUUAAUCAAUCUUUUUUCAUCAUGCGUUCAUCCCUCUCACCAUUCCUUUCAUCCACAUGACUUACUUGCAUGCACCGUGACUCAACUCCUCAUUAUCUUUGUCAUUUCUUUCCUUUUUUUUCUUUCUUCCUCUUUUUCUUUUUUGUCUGUUUUUUUUUAGAUCACUCAUAGUCAGUUAAUUCUCUUCUUCAGUACCAUUGCAUGCCUCAUCUACCUGUUCUCUACCUCCUCCGUCCCUCUCUUCUGUCCAGGCCACGCUGGAGAUGCUGCUGUUCUCCCAGCUAAUACCAACAGAGGACUACCACUACUCUGGUAACCUUUGACCUUUGACCUCACGCCAGAAAGUGAAGUCUUAUGUAAUGUACUGUAUAUGUUACAUUAAGUGAAAUCUGGUGUUUCUUAGCAACAGUCUGCAACCUACUGAACGGUUGUCAUUGUAUGAGUCAGCAAGGUUCCCACUGUAUGUACAAUAGUAUCCUUUGUUGAGGCCUAAAGCUCCAGCCACUUUAACCCCCCCAACACACACACACACGCGCACACACACACACACGCACACACACACUCCUAGAUUCUCUUUCUUUCUCACAUUCUCUGCCUCUCAGUUUCAUUUUGAGUCAUUAAAUCCACGUGAAGCUCAGAGCAGGCUAUGUUCUGUCCAUUGAGGUAUGUGUAUUUUUGGAUACUGUUGCUGUAUGACUGUGCCUGACUUUGCAUUGCAGGACAGCUGGUGCUGGUUUUAUUCUUUCUCAUCUUCUACUGUCCCCCCUUUCUCUGCAGGUAGUGAUUCGUGGACAGACAGUGAGAAGAAUAUCUUCAGUGCAGCGCUGGAAACUCAUGGAAAAGACUUCUCAUGCAUUCACAAACUGGUACUACGAUUAUUCAUACAUUGCUUGUUCUUUGUGCUGCAUUCUUUGAGCGAUUAGUCUACCCUUGUUUUCCUUUUCUAAUCUGUCUUUGCUCCAGCAUUCAAGUGACACCAAAUUAAUCUACUGGAAAUGCACAAAUAUUCCAGCACAUCACAUAUAAGGGGCGUAGUAUUUUACCUCAGGUGUUGUGUAUUAUCCUUACAUGCACCUUCGCUUUUUGUUGACUCUGCAUACACUCAAUGUGAGCGUAUUGACACAUCUAAAAGCAAAGACAUAAAUGUGUUUUAUCUUGGGUAAAUACACUUUCUUGCAGCCACUCUCAUCUACUUUAGCAAGCACAGAUGGUGACCUUCCUCUUUCAUUACAGUCACCAGAAGUGGCAUUUACUCCACAUCUUCCUCUGCAGUCUAUAAUUGUAGCGGCUGUAUCGUCAAAGUGCAAGUAAACGCCUUCAGAUUUAAUGGUAAAGCUGAUUAGAUUUGGAGGAUAGCUGUGUUUAAGUGCAACUGCAUGUCUUAAACUGAUGUUAGGGUUGAGGUUAAAACACUCUCGGGUUGACUCUUGAAUGCUAACUUUUCACUUGAAGGAUCUGAGGAGGUGCCAGUUUUUGGGAGAAAUCUUGAAUGUAAACACUAACCCUGCCACCAGUUUUCCCUCCUCUCCUCUCCUGCUCUUCCCCAACAAGCCCCGCCCACAAACAGACACUCGUCCUCGCUUGUAUCGUUUAAAUAAAAUUCAGAUAUAAUGCAGAUAAAUAUUUCAGAUAAUUACAAAUGGGGCCCAGUCAACGUGAAAAUAAAAAGCACUGGUGCUACUGUAGAUGCCAACAGACUACCAGCAAACACAAUGUUUUCAGGACUUCUACAAUUAGGAUAAAGUGACAUAGUCCAGGACCCGAGGAUUCAGACAUUCUUCUGUAGUUUCUGGUUGGUUUCGACUGUCCGAUAGUCGCACGCUAACUUUGUUUGGGCUCGUAAACGAUAUGGAGAAGCAGCGCCUGCCUCACAGCCAAUCAGCACUAAGGAGCAGUGUUCGCCUCACAACCAAUCAGGUUGGGGGAGGCAGAGAAUGGCUUUGUUUACAGUCAGAAAGAGCGGGCCACUCAAAAAAUUUGAAAUGUUGACUACACAGACAUAACAAAACACACCAACAUCGUGAUAUUCCCAAAUGUCAUCAAUAACUAACAGCUAUUAACUGAUAUUAAAAGCUUUUUGGAACAUACAUCACAAAAAAAAGAUGCUUCUUUAACAGAAUCCUGCCUACCCCACCUUUAAGUGUUUGUGUUUGGAUAUGUCCACACACAGGUGAAGACGAAGACUGUGUUCCAGUGUGUUGAGUUCUACUACCUGAGCAAGAAGCUCCUCGACAAGCAGAGGAAACAGAAAGAGGAGGAGAUCAGAAACGAGGCGGAGCAGCAGAAAAGUGUAAGAAACGCCAAAAUAUCAGAUUCAGAGUGAGAGUUAAAAUCUUUUUCUCCUGUGGUAAAAUGUCCCGGCUUUACUAAGAAGUCAUGAGGUUUGCUUAAGUGUGUCUCUGACCAUCCUUUUGAUAUCAUUCUUGCUCUUCCUGUUAUUAUCACUCUCCUGUAGACCAACAUACAAUGAGAACGUGAGCUCUUGCAGUAUUUGUGUUGUUGUCUGCACUGAGUUAAAUAGUUAUCCAAUGUGGAAUGCAGCUUAACAAGUUGCGCACCACAAAGAGGCUUACCAUUGGUCCUGCUUUCGUAGAUAACGCCCAUCUGUCAGCCAGUGGACAGACAGUUUGGUUUGAAGGAGGCAGUUCCUGCGCCCUCAUUGGCCAGCUUCUUUCCCUGCAAGCUGUGUGGCAAGUGAGUACAACCAGUCUCAUAAACUAAGAGUGGCUUCAGGGCAAACAAACAGAUGGUUUAGAUUUCCAUGUCUCUAUCUUUGUUCCAGGAUGUUCUACAAAAUCAAGUCCCGCAACGCUCACAUGAAGAUCCACAGGCAGCCUCAGGAAGACUGGACCGACAGGCAGCUUCAGCAACAGAUCCUCACCCAGCAUUUGGUCCUUGGUCGUCCCAACAACCUCAUGCACACCCUGGGGAGUGAUCUACUCCAGUCUCAGGCUCCAGCUCUGGCCUUUGACCCCUCUGGCCUUCCUGGAGCGUCUAACAACAGCAACACUGCAGACAAUGUCCCCAACUCUUCACUUGACAGCAGCGCCAUCUCUCUCAGCAAUGCUAGUAUGCUAAAUCCACGCACUUUGAUAACAUACAGCAAUAUUCCUGCUCCAAACGCUCAUGUGAUCACAAAUACUGAUGACAGUGACUCACAUCAAAGACAGCCUGCCUCUGUCUUACCUUUCCAACAGUCAUGGGGUUCAUACGGACACAGCACUAACUCUGCUACCUUUUACAACAGCACAGAAGGGAAGGAAAGUGUAGAUGCUGUGAAAGUGGAGGGGAAACAGCCCAUUAACUGGCAGUAGUGUUGAACUCUCAGUGAGCUACAGCUAAGGUCAGAGACUUUUAGAAGCUUGUUCUGUAAUUCAAACUAAGUUCCUGUUCAAACUUCAGCUUUUUAUAAACUUAUUUUUGUAUGAAAGUGUAUUUUUGUACCACUCCAAUUUCAUAAGAGAUAGCAGACUGUGUAAAAUGUUCUCAAAACCAGAUUUAGAUAGUUUACAAAUUAUUUAAACCCAACAUUUGACUGAAAAUAGUGCAAAGAUGAACAUAAAAAUGUUACUAUUAUUUGGAUAACAUGCUAGAAAUACAUUUUAAAACAGAUGGAGCGUUGUCUACUGACAACACUCUGCAGAUGUUUGGGAACCAGAAAAAACAGUUUCUGGGUUUUUUAUCAGGGAAACAUGGAGUCCUGUUGGUGCCUGGAUUUUGUACUCAACACUUUAGAAUCUACUUUAUCAAACUUUUUGUGUCAUAAUGCUCCAAAUGCUUGUAAUAAGUGACAGCUUUGGACUGCAGGCAGGCCAAAGUAGCACCUGGACACCUCUACUACAGAGCCAUGCUGUUAUGAUGCAUGAAAAAUGUUGGCAUGAUCUGCAUGGCAGCAUACGUUUCUCCAGCAAACUUUUUAGCAUGAAUGGUACUCUUACAGAUGUUUCAGCCUAAAUACCGAUGCUAUUGGCUCUUAUUCAUCUCCAUGCCAUCAGAGAUCCUGGUUUUGAGGUGUGGACUGAUAAAAAUUUGAAUGGUCCCUGAAGUCUUUAGAGCAGAAGAUAAGACAUUCAUGAUUUCCAAAAUAAAUGCAAAUUAUUUUUUUCAUCUGACCACAGGAAAGUUUCCCACUUCACUUCAGUCCAUCUGAGAUUAGGCCCAGAGAAGUUUGUGGUGUUUCUGGAUGGGUGCAGCUAUAAACUGAGUUUGCAGGCGAUGGUUUUGGGGAGUGAUUUUAGCCCAUGUAGUGAUUUCCACUCAAGAGUCAUAUCUGUUUUUAAUAGAAGGACACCUGUACAGUGAUUUCUCCUGAUUCAUAACCAAUUAUGUUACUGACCUGCUGCAAAUUAACCUUAUUAUUCAAGAGAUGUUUGUAUAGCAUUGCGAAACCUUGGAAGUGUUUUGUUGCUCCUGUCCCAACUGUUUUGAAACAUGUUGGUCUCAUCAAAUUUAGAAUGGCCAGAUUCGUAUUUUUUUUCAGUUUCAAUUAUUAGUUUGUUGUCUUUGCACUAUAUUUAAUUAGAUGUAGGCUUUAAAUGAUUUGCAGAUCAUAAGAUCUGCUUUUAUGAUAAUUGUAAUUUGAAGCUGUAUGCUUUGUAAAAUGUGAGCCAUUGUAAAUUGUAUACUUCAUUGUGUUGCAUAUUUAAUUGCAAUAUACAUUUGACUUCUGAAUUAAAGUUGUAGUUGAUGUUUCUGACAAUAGUCACACGUCUGUCUGUAAGUUCCUGCAGCGACAACAUCUUGACUGAACCUGGCCAGCUGUUUCUGCCUAAACAAAGGCAAACUAAGCUAAGCCAACCCAAACUAACUAUCUCUGUGAUUAUCAUAAAAUAGAUUACACUCAGAACUAUAAUCUGUGCCAAAAACAAUUUGGAUGCCUUCAGGUGUUUCAACUGUUUUUACAACAACCAACCAACCAACCAAAUGUUUGUCCAAAACCCCAAUUUGAAGUACUUGAAAAAAAUUGAAUGGAAACUGUUUGAUUGGUAAUAGUUGGCAACCCAAACUGGUGCAAAUCUAUGUAUUUUUGACAUUGUGCAGGAGUCAUGCAUGGGUCCCAGUUUAUAGCCAAGUCAAAAAAGGCUGGAUGUCCCUGUUUGCUUGAAUCUUGAAUUUUUAUUUGUAUACAAGUCUAUAUUUCUUCCUUUGGCAAAGAUAUAUUUCUUCAUUUGGGCCCUCACUUAGCCCCAGAAUAUUUCAGAAAUGGAUAUAUAUAUUUAAAUUUUUACAUUAUAAAGCAACAACUACUUUUACCUGCAGGAACACAAUUCAAAUACUAUAAAAUCUGGGAUAUGGAAGUUGCACUGGUGUGUAAAACACAGUCUGUUUUUUGGGUGUCUGAGAGAGAAAAAGAUUUAAACUGUGAUCCUGAGUAAAGGCUGACAUUUCGUCCCAUAACAUCCAGCCUAAGCAUAUGAAUAACUCUUUUUUUAUAUUAUUUAUUGCCAUCCUGCCAAGUAUCCAUAUGGUAGCUUAAGCACAGCCAUGGAUGGACUAUUAGUUUCUUUAAAUGGUAAUAAUCAAGGAGAAAAAAGCAUUAAAAAGAGGUCCCACUAGACUGGUCUACCUUGCUUUGUAUCCAGUGGUUGGUUGUUUUUCCAGCACCGUUGUCUGGGUAAAAUACUGGUUGCACAGGUGUAAGAGAGACGGCGUACUUUCUUGACAACUUAACUAUGUUUAAAUGUUUCUUAUGCACCAAAUUUUACAGCAUCAGGCUUUAACGCCAUUCCCAUCCCUUAUUUAGGAUUUUUGAGGGGCAGCUAAUCAAAUCUUGAAAGGGGGCCUAAGCCACCCCUGACUACCCCUCUAGACGCACCACUGUUCAUAGACAAAGAAUCAGGAACCUGACCUGCAUGAAGAUUUUGUGGGAUAGAAAACAGACUGAAUUUCCAGAGAAGCAACUUUUAAUUCAUGGAAAAAGAAUUGGAAAGGAAGUGUAUUUUUAGAGACACUUACACAUCUACCCAGACAGACACACACACAUACACACUUAGCUUGAUGACAGGUAUUAAUGUGACAACAUAAUGGGCUGGCACUGAUCCUAGCAGACCAUCUCACUUACUGUUGUCCCGUCUGUCCGGUCAAAUAGUGCCAAAAAAGUGACCUGUUGAUGGUUAACAACAGGGACGCUGUGUUUGUAUGUGUUCUUGUCACCAAGUCCUCAAAGAUGCUUGAAAAGACUUUUUACGAACAUGUGUUUAAGUUGUGUGCACGCUAACUAUCCAAGCUAAAGUCAAAACCAUUAAAAAGAAACACGCAGGGACAGUCGUACUUCUGCCUAAAGCAGCAAAAUGCUACCUUUAGAUCAGUGUCCUUGAGGAGGUAUUGGUUAAUUUUCUUACUAGAAACUAGAAAAUCCACUACUGAUUAGAUCAGUUAUUUACAUGUCUGUUUAGGGGCCAAGGUGCGUUCACAGUGCGGUGAGUAUUCUUUGGUGCCAUAUCGUCAUGAGUGUUACUGCCACCAUAAUACUGAUAAGAGUGUUUGUAAAGAUAUGUAAAGAGCAUGUAUGUCUGGUCAUGUUUAUAUAAGAAGCUACAUGCCCUUUGAGGUGUCCAAGAGUUAAAAAGUGUGAUAUAGCAUGGUUUGAUUAUCUGUGAAUGCAUAGGAAUUAGUUUUGCUUGAGUUAUUUUCUGUUUAUUUGCUGUUUAUCUCAGUGUGUGUUUCUAUAUUAAAUUGAGUAUUGCUUGUAAAUUGGUCCUACCCUAGUGCAAAAGUCCAACCUGUCUAGUACAGAUUAUCUGCCCCAUUUUCUUUGUUUUACAACUGUUUGUCUUCACCUCCCACUUAUGUAAUUAAGAUACUGAGCUGUUUUUGAUAAAUAAAUAUGCUGGAGCUCAGCCAUAUUGUCACAUGUUAAAUUACUAUUGAGGUGGUUUCUUUCUUCUAAAUUUUUUCUUAAUUAUAACAUUUAUUUAAGUUCUUAAAUAAAAUAUAACGAUCUUUAUUUUUAUAAGUGCAUUUUGCACUAUCUUUGUCUGUGAUGCUGCUGUGACAAAAAAAAAUUCUCCCAUGGGGGAUCAAAAAGGAAUAUUCUAUUCUAUUCUAGUCACACUGAUGUCCCAGUGAGCAGUAUUGAAUAAUAGUAAAAGCUUGUGCUUUUAUCAAAAAGUUUGAAUCAUGCUUUAAGCAGGGAGAAAUCAGAUCAGUAGUCCUUUUAGAGAUGGGGAGAGAGAGAGCACAAGCAUGUAGAAAAAGGGGGAGAGGGAGACUAGACCAAUGGGGUGAGGGUAAGAGGGAGAGAAUAAACAGAGGACUUACUGAGCAGUGGCCAUUCACCUAUUCAUGCGGAGCAGCACUUUGCCAGUUGACUGAGCUCUUGUGCUCACCAAAGCUCAUCCCCACGUCCACUCAUUUAUUUCCCGAAGAAGACGCUGUAAACAAAAGCGGCAGUUACAGGCAUGUGAUUUGUUGACAAUAAGUGUGCCAAUCAAGAUGAUUGAAAGAACAAAAAUUGAGUAAUAAAUACCUAAAAGUAUACCAGUGCCAAAAUUUUACAUCUAAAAAAUGUUGAAAAGUCACCCUUACAACAUUGUAGUAGUAAUCUGAUGAAAAAUAAAAAUAAAGAUAACAUACAUUUUUGGGGAAAGAAAAUAAAAACAAUUGGUUGUGCUAUGUCUUCAAAUGACUGAUGCCUGAAAAGUGCACAUUAAUUUUUUUUAUUGGUUUACUGCAGCGUUUGCACUUCAUUACUCAUUUUUUAAAAAGAAAGAAAGUCAUAAAUAAAGAUUUACCAACAUUCAGUAAAUGGUAAACAAGCUCACUAAGAUAUCAAGAAAAACCAUGGAGUGCUUAGCAAACUUAAGAUUUACAAAGCUAUUAAGAAAGGAAAAUUUCUCCUCAUAGGUGGCAUAAGAUGAUGAGAUAUGAUACCUCCCGAAAAGUGAAGCCAGAAGAUUCAGAGCUAACCGGCUGCAGUAAGGAUCAUUAACCACAUGCCCCUCGUUUUAACAGAUACUGCAAGAUUUAAACCAUUAACUGGUCAUGAAAAGCACCUGAAAAUGUCUUAUUUUCCUCCACUCACAUCAUAACUGGGGGAGCUCUCUUGCACCUCAGAUUAAAAUUGAUUGAUUUAAAUCCUUGAAUUGAUAAAGAUCCCUGAAAUUAGGAUAGUAGAAGACAGUGUGUUGCUUUUACGCAGACACAUAUGGCUGAAGAAAGUUCAGUGACUCCUGUGUUUUUAUGUUUUCUCUUGCUAUUAGUGCUGACUGAACACUGUGCACAUAUUUCUUAAAAAUUACUGUCAAAUUAUGUCAGACAUUUGGACUUGCCUUGACAGGAAAACCACAGAUGUGUCCUACGAAAUAAUGGGAGAGUAACAAAGCUGUUUACUCAACUCACAGAUAUCUCACGCCCCAUUGAAAACCCAAACUUUAAUCUGGAUCUGCCAUCACAAAGGAGUGUUUUUGCUCUCAUAAAGAACAAAACAUUGCUCAAAGUCUGUCAAAGUACAACAGUGUCUUUGCUGACCUUGCAAAAAUGGCAAAGUCUGACACAAUGAUUUACUCCCUUUUUACCUUUAAAGGGCUUGUAAAGGAAACUGUGUCUACCCUCCUCU